GGGACCGUCCCGAGAAAAGAUGUGUCAGUCCUCAACUAGAGUUUGGGAAGAAAAAUAAUCCAUACUUUACCCCUCUAGUUAGCAUCACACACUAGGGGGUCAGGCUUGGCAUCAUCAGCACAUGGCACCCUCACACAAAUCUUGAGAGUCCAUUACUACUCAUGAGUAGGGGGCCAUGUGAAGCCUAUUGUUUGUAUGGAGGAUAAACCAUGCAAAUUGUAUGGAAUAUGGUUACAUAAUUCAAGGAAUGGAUGUCCCUACAAAGCAAGAUUGCCAACAGCCUGAAGGGACCAGGAAGAAAGGCUUACUGCUAAUUGAGCAAAGAGGCUCCUUUUUAGAGUGGUGUUUCUUUUAUAUUUAACGGGGAGAGCAACUGGUCCUAUCCAACCCCAGCACAGCAUCCCUCUGGUGGCUGUUGCUGGUGCAGAGAGUUUCUUUUUAGAUUGUUAGAUUGUGAGCCCUUUGGGGAACAGGGAGUCAUCUUUAUUUAUUUUCUUUAUUUUGAGAACUUUGGGAAGCGCUAUCUAUCUAUCUAUCUAUCUAUCUAUCUUUGUAGUAGUACUGGAGGAAGGAUAUGUGAUACUGCCACAUUUAUUUUCUGCCUGGAUAUUAACUCAGACAAAAAUCCAUCAGGAAGUGGUUAUGGCAGGAUUAGAGACAUGUAGAAUUUCUGGCUGGACAUUUACUACACAAGUGAUAUUUGAGGGAAGCACUGUGCCUAGUUGAGAUGCAUCAGGUAGAAAUUCAACAGGGGCAUCUCUAGCAAGUGAUUGAGGAAGUAGCAGCUGUUGAAUUUCUGCCUGGAUGCCCCCCCCCUCCAUUUACAGCACAAUAUCCUGCUGAAAGUCCAAGGCAAAGUGUGGGUACACAGAACUCCAUUUCUAAAACCAGCAUAACAGCAGAGUAUAUAAAGUAUUUACAGUUUAUAUGCAGUGGAAGUUAUUGUUAUCUUAACUUGCAAUUUUAACUAAGAUGUUUAUCUUAACUUGCAAUUUCCAUGGUUUUUAUAACACAAGUGAAAAUUGAAAGCAAACUUAUCUUUAAUCUGAAACCAAAGAAUUUUGGAUUACUGAAUAUUUGAAUGGCUCAGUUCUGGCUUGAUGGGAUUGGAAUGGUUCCUUUAACCCAUCUGACUGCUGGAUGGUCUUUUUCUCACACACAUUCCGUUCUCAGGGGCCUCUGCGAUUACCAAAAUUAGAGGCAGCAUUUUAGAUAGGAUCUACGAGCAUCCCCUGUAAAAUUUCUAGUUGGGUAGAAUGUGGGUGAGGUUUGCUUCACAUUUAAGCUCCUAAUUGCCAUGCUUGGGGCCAAGGAGUAAUCCCAGCAGCUUUGAUGGUACAGAUCCAGUUUAAAUAGCUGCCACACCAAGACUGCCUAGAGCUGCUACUUUUGGUGCCAGCUGCCAUGGGGCGAACGAUUUGCCCACUGCAGUUGACCAUAUCAAUCAGGCUGUGUCAUGCCACUGCAAAGCGUUUAUUCUUGGGUGUCCGCAGUGGUGUGAUGAGCCUACUGGAUGUAAAUGGCCUGUUAAGGAGUCUGUUCCUGGCAGCCGCCAUAGUGCCAUCACACAAACACACAAGGUGUAUAGAAAAGAAGAUCCCAGGUGCACCCCUCGGCAUAUCUAGUUAAAGGCUGCUGGGUAGCAAGGCUGGUUGAGUUCCUACCUGGAGUGAUGCUAGCUGGCAGAAUAAACCAUGCUAGGCCCAAUGGGCUGACUUCAAGAGGGGCUACCUUUUUUCAUCAGACUUGGUUCCUAGAGCAAGGCAUUCCCCUUCCUUUGUUGUAGCCAAUAGGCCGUCCCUGUAUUAUUUUGCUCCACAUCCUCUUCAUGCCUCAUGAACGCCACCCCCCCCCCAUGUAUGCUACCAAUGGAGAGAUGGGGGGUCUGUGUAAUUCUGAAUGGCUUGAUACAAGCCUAUGCAAACCUAUCAGCCCCUGCCACUCCACAUACAGCCCAUUAGGGGGCAGGCUCGCUCCCUCGCUCUCCCCCGGGCUUGCCAGUUCUGUGCUGGCAAAGCUUCCCUGUGCGUGUGACUCAAGCUGUUCUGCUGCCGGGCAGCAGGCAGGGAAAUGGAACGAGGGAAUGCACCGUGGUGGAAACUCCGUGACUGAUGCUGGUGGUGCCUGCCUCUGUCCAGUGACUCCCCAGGCCCAGCUGAGAUGAUCCCUGGAGCUGCACAGCAGAAGAGCAGCACUGCUCUCAUACAGUCAAGGCUCCUGGCCUGUGCAGCAGGACCUCACCAGCUCUUGUGACCAUCCUAACACACUGAGCAGGGGGGAAACAAGAGCGAUGCAGAGAUGCCAACGUUGUCCUCUCUCUUGGUCCUGCUCCUCGGCCUGCCCGGCAGCCUUUCAUGCCCACAGAGCUGUGACUGCCCACCAGGGAGUGGGGUGGUCUGGUGCAACCGGCGAGAUCUGGUGGUGAUCCCUUUUGACCUGCCUCAUGACACCCGUGUCCUUUACCUGGACUCUAACUGGAUUACUCAUGUGCCAAAUGGUGCCUUCCGUGGCCUGAAGCAGCUCCGUGAGCUCCACCUGGCGGACAAUCUGAUUCAGAACAUUGGCCCCGGGGCCUUCCGUGGACUGGGUGGAGGGCUCAGGCUCCUCGACCUUUCAGGCAACCAGCUCCAGAGGAUGGAGGCGACUCCCUUCAUCGCACUGGCGUGGGUUAGACUAGAGCUCUACGACAACCCCUGGCACUGCGAUUGCUCCUUGCAGGAAGUGAUGGAGGCGCUGCCCUUGGACCCUGAGACUGUGCAGGAUAUCGUCUGUGCCACUGCGGUGUGGGACGAGUAUGCGGGCAAGGCCCUGGCCCACCUGCUCAACACGGGCGUCAACUUCUGCGUCAGCCAGCAGAGGAACACUGACCUGGCCAUGCUGCUCACCAUGUUUUGCUGGUUCACCGUAGUCAUCACUUACGUUAUCUAUUACGUUCGGCGCAACCAAGCUGAAUCCCGACGUCACCUUGAAUAUCUCAAAUCCUUACCCCUGCCCAGCAAACAGUCUAGCCCUGAGGAAGAGGUGGAAGAAGACACACUCAGCACAAUCCUCUGACCUAGACAAUCAUUUUGAGGUGUGGGUUAUAUUACAGAAAUAGAAACUGCUUUGAAACCAAUGUAAAACCAUUGGAGCUCCUCCCCAUAUCCAUGGGGUCCUUUGACCAAGAACCUUUGUGGGCCCCCUUAGUCGCAGUGGAGCAGGAGCUGCCAUAUGUGUUUUACAUCUAUAAUGCAAUGCUUCCACCAUUGUGUCAAUGGACCCAAUGGCAGGGAGAGCAGGGCCAUCUCUAGCUUUUGUGGGGCCUGGGGAAAAAACAGUUGUGGAGACUCCCAUGAUGAAUCAAUACUGUUCUGGCCCUGAUGCCAGAACUAGAAGUGUAUCUGUGUGUUGCAGUGUGGGGGCCCAGGAGGCACAGGGCCGUGGGCAACCACCACCUUAGGUUUCCCCUUCAAAUGGCCAGGGUGAGGCAUUGCAUUAUGGGUAAAGGGAAGUGGUGGUGGCCACCAGUACGGCUACCAAAGAGCACCCCUAGCUGCAGUCACUGCUAAGGAAGGACUCUACAAGGCCUACUUUGGAGGCAGUGGCAAUAGCUUGAAGUGCUUAGUAGUGGUUGCCUUCUUUUUUCACCAGGGCCUCACUGGUUAGCUAUAGGCCCUUUGAUGAUCCUAGGCCUUCAGCCAGUGCCCACGUUGGUUGCCCCUGAUGCUGGCCCUGUCUUCCUUUAAAAAAACAACACAUAAUUACUGGUGUGUGAGAACUUUGAAUGGGACUCCUUUAGGGGAGAGCCCUAAGAAUCGCAAUUCUCAGAUUUCCUUGGGAGGAAACAUACUGUAUUCACCUGAAGUUACAUCCAAACCAACCCUCUGUGACAGCACCACCUCAUCUCACAUAUCUAUCACUUGGUCUACAUCAAUAGCAGAAUGAAGUGACAGAACUCUGAGAUAGCAGCAUGGACCAGAACACUUCAGACUGCAGGAAGGAAGAGAAUUUUUUAAAAUUCUCUCCUAAGUUAAAUAAUUUGUUUUAACUGUAUGUUUGAAAAACUAGCACAGCAGGGAGCAAGCUAGGCUAGAACCUUUCUCACUGAUGUACUAGUUUGUUUAUUUGCAGCCUAUUUUGUUAAUGUGAGCAGCCUUUAGAAGGUACGUCUUUGCUUGUAGCUUGAAGUGCAACAAUCCACUCUGUCACCAGUCACACCAACUUUCAACUACAGCCAUAUUAUGUUCCCUUCAGGCCAAUCUUCCAUCAUAACUACAGCACCGGCAUCUCAGGCAUCCCAGCAACACACUAGACUCCUUUCAUCUCCGUAGAGAAUCUGUGGAGUUACCCAGAGAGAAUAUUGGGCUAAGAUGGACCUGGGUAGCGUUGCCCAACAAUUUUUUUGCCUGCUCAUUCAGUAUGGUCGCAUCAGGUUUAUAAUUAAGUAUUUUGUGGAAUAAAUGAGGAAUUUUGUGCUGG